AUGUCAGCCAGACCAGAGAAUGUGAAAAAAGAGAAAAUUCUCUCUAUGGAGCCUUUGGACCCCGCUCAAGCGCGUUGGAUUCGGCUUAUGAAAUGCACUUAUCAGGAUCCUGAGGGCAAGAAACGGACAUGGGAGAGUGCUGAAAGACAGACACGGCCCAAAGAUUGUCCAAUUGAUGGCGUAGGCAUUGUUGCUAUUCUCCAAAAACCGACUGGCCCAGAAAUUUUGCUUCAAAAACAGUACCGUCCACCUGUCGAUAAGAUAGCUAUCGAAGUCCCUGCCGGUCUUAUUGACGCGGGAGAGACGCCAGAAGAAUGCGCGGUUAGAGAACUAAAAGAGGAGACUGGAUAUGUUGGGAUUGCAGAGCAGAGAAGCCCAAUCAUGUGGAAUGACCCUGGCUUUUGUAAUACAAAUCUCAACAUGGUACAUGUGCGUGUGGACAUGUCCUUAGCUGAUAACUUGAACCCCAAGCCGCAACUGGAAGAAAGCGAGUUCAUUGAGUGCUUUACGGUGCCUCUUAGGACUUUGUUUGCAGAGACGCGGCGACUGGAGCAGGAGGGGUACGCGAUUGAUGCUAGGGUCGGGACUUUAGCAGAGGGAAUAGAAAUUGCGAGGAAGUGGAUGGAUGCAGUUCGUGCUGAACACCACCCUCCUACGCAUUCCCCAUAUUACACCAUAGUGUUCCUCAGCGAAUUAAGUAUGAUUCAUAUUGAUGAUAUCGAGCAGAAGAGGGCCGAGAUUUUGAAAUGUGUUCUCUCUGCUGUUUUGCAAACUUCUAUUACAAGGGACGUUUUUGCGCAGGUCAUUGAUGGCCUUCCCAUCAGCGAAACAUACGAACUCACAAUAACGCAUCGGUUUGACCUAUUAUCACAUUCUAGGCCUUCACAAAAAGCGAAGCUGCUUGCUCAGAAUUUCUGUAACUGCACUGAGAUACUUGAUAAUCUGAACUUGAAUACAAAGGUUGCUCAGCAGUUUCAAGACUCAAAGGUUUUCUCAUCAUUCUUUAAUAUGCACUUGCUGGAACUGGUUGUAAUCAUAAUUCAUGAAAUGGCUGGAAAUCUGUUCCACAAGUUCCACCCUAAUGGUGAACCCCACACUAUUGAUGUUAAUCAGAAGCAGUUUUGCCCUGCUAAUAGUGUAUCCCUGUCUACCAUGUGCUAUACUGUGUCUGGCCGUUACUCCCGUGGUGUUUUGGACGUCGUUGGCUAUUGGGCAGAAACACACAUCUUUGGGGGUGUCGUUGUAUUUGAUCGAGGGCCGAAUGAAGGGACUAGGCAGUGCAACGCAGCGUAUAUCCAUCCUCAAUACUCAUCCGCUUUAUUCCAGCUCGCCAAGCACCAGCUUGACGCAUUCAGCCGAGCUGGCUACCCUGGAAACAAGGAACAGUCAAAACUUCGGCUUCCAUUUCAAUGCGAACCUGGAGCCAGAAAAAUUGACGGCUAUACCGCCUUUAGAGACUUGAAUAUAUAUCGCGACCGAUAUGAGAGAAGGGUGGAUCCUAUUCCCCGAGGAGGACCCUGCGUUAUACGGCUUGAAGACCACCCGGAGCUUCAAGAAUUUGGCAAGACUGCCAGAGAGAUGUUUGAAUCACCACCUAAUCGCAACCGAGACAAUCUCUCAAAAAACCUGGCUGGUUGA